AUGUUAAAAAAAUUACUAAUAUCAACUUACAAGCCUACAUUAACGUCAAAGAACUUAAUUUCAUUACAUUUGAGUUAUAAUAAAAAGAAAAUGAGUACAUUGGAAAAUGUUAUUGAUGGUUUAAAUGAUGUUAGAUGUAGAAUCAAAGUUGCGGCUCAAAAACGAAAGGAGGGAAAUGUGGAACCAAGGCUAGUUGCUGUUAGUAAAACAAAACCUAUAGAACAUAUUAUUGGCAUUUACCAGAAAGGUCAAAGACAUUUUGGAGAGAACUAUGUCCAAGAAUUGAUUACUAAAUCAUCUGAUGUUGAGUUAUUAGAAAAAUGUCCUGACAUCAAAUGGCAUUUUAUUGGUCACAUACAAAAAAAUAAAGUUUCAAAAGUAUUGAUGGCUCCUGGCUUACAUGUUAUUGAGACAAUAGAUAGUGAAAAAUUAGCAAAUGCUGUAAAUGAUGGAUGGAAAAAACUCAAUAAAGAAAGUAAAUUGAAAAUAAUGGUUCAAGUUAACACUAGUAAUGAAAAAGAAAAAUCUGGUGUAACAACUGAUACAGUAGUAGAUUUAUAUAAAUUUAUUAUUGAGAAAUGUGGCCAUUUAGAACUGAUUGGUUUAAUGACGAUUGGUCAAUAUGGUUAUGAUUGUUCUCAAGGACCAAAUCCAGAUUUUUUGGCUUUGGUUGAUUGUAAAAGAGAUGUUUGUGAUAAAUUAAAAUUAAAUCCAUCCGAAAUCGAAUUAUCUAUGGGCAUGUCUGAUGAUUUUGAACAUGCCAUUGAAUUAGGAAGUACAAAUGUCCGAGUAGGAAGUAGUAUAUUUGGUUUCCGAGCGAGAAAAGAAAAACAAUGA